UCUCGCUAUGAUCACCGACUCGGUUGCCGCUUCCUACAGGUUCCGGUCCGUCCCGGACUCCUGAACGCUAUAAGCCACCGCCUUGGAGACUUGAAGCCUACGUAGAAAUACCUAAAACCAUUAGGAACGACCGCGAACGUUCCCGAGCGCAAACCAGGCCGCUCCAAACCCUCGCCCACCGUCCGCCAUAGCCUUAAAAAUCCUUUUUCCUUGCUGCGAACUAUUCGAUCUCGGACAGAGCAAGAAGGCUUUUGACUAUUCUUACAUGAUGCAGUCAUUAAGUGCAACCAUAGCAUCACCAAGUGUAUAUCUGCCUACUUUUACGACCUCAACCAAGAGAUUUUUUGGCAACAAGAGGCUCCAACAUACCCCAUACGGUCUCCAGCUGCCUGCCACACAAUUUCAUCCUUUUCGGCAGAAACAGACCAUUUCAUUUACUCGAAGAUUGCCUUUCAGAGCAAGGAUUUGUGCAGCUGCUUUGAACGCGAGUUGUGCAGCAGCACAAACCCAAACUGUGCAACGUCAAUCAUCAACUAUUACUGUCAAUCCCAUUAAAGGGAAGGAAAAGCUACCGAAGCUAGACGAUGGAGGUAUAGGUUUCCCCCCACGGAAUGAUGGCGGCGGUGGCGGUGGUGGCGGUGGUGGGCAUGAAUGGUCUGGUGGAUUCUAUUUUUUUGCUUUCCUUGUUUUCCUAGGUUAUCUGAAGGAUCUAGAGAGCAAAGAACCUUCUGGGAAUAGAAGAUGAAGAAACCACCCAUAGUAAGGAUAGUGCAUUAAUGCAUGAUUGUUUCCUCUCUUUAUUCUGCUUUAGCAAGAAUAAUGUCUUUUUUUAAAAGAAAAUAUAACAAAAUGAUGUUAUAUGGAUUAGAUUUCUAAUGUUCACAUACUUCAGUGUAAAAGCUCAGUGUAAGAACCUUCUAGUCCUUCCUGUUCAAUGUUGACCCAGGUGAUUUGCUCUCUCAUCUGACAGCCCGAUUAUCCGUCUGUUCAGUAUCCCUCCUAUAAAGUUUGUUGUAUAAAGUAACAGAAGUGAAUAAUUUAUAUAGAUGUUGCUGACUUAUUGAGUCCUAAA